AUGGCAGAUCUGACACCGCAGCAGCAUCGCAUUUUCUGCUGGUCAACUUCUCGUUGUCUCUCAACCGUCUUCAUGAAAUGUCUGUCGAUGACAGAGGGCGCUUUGGCCUGGCUGGAACCGUUUAGCACGGCAGAGCAUUAUGGUCCCCAGGGACGUCUGUUGCCCCCAGGCGUGGUCCCAAAAGAGCCGGACUACAAGCAUGCCUGGGUUAAACAGAAGCUGGAGGGCGACUUUGAAGGCCACAGCUUGGUUUUUGUUAAAGACCUAGCUUAUGCCGUCACGGAAAGGCUGCAGUUUCUCCCCAACGGUUACCGCCAUUCUUUCCUCAUCCGCCAUCCACUGAAGAGCUUCAUGUCAUUUUACCGCUUGUUGAAAAAGACAUUUGGAGAGAGCGAAGUUGACUUCCAGGGCUGGUUACCACAGAAGGGGUUCGGCUACGGGGAGCUUGCAGAGCUUGCAGAUUACGUCGAAAGAGACCUCAGGCAACCACUGGUGAUCGUGGACGCUGACGACAUCCAGAGACAGCCCAAAGUCAUGGUGGAGAAGUACUGCCGCGCUUUGGGGCUGCCAUUCUCUGAAUCUAUCCUGACCUGGGAGCCAGGCAUACCCAAAAAUUGGAUCCUGCGGAAGGCUAUAACAGAAGCAGGAGAUUACUCCCCCUUUAUUGCCACAAUGGUGAAUAGCCACUCCUUCAUUCGCAGCAGUUGCCAGACAACCAUUAGUCAAGAGGAGGUGCCUCAGGUCGUAAAAGAGAUGGUUGAAGUCGCCCUUCCCUUCUAUGAAAAACUUCACGCACGGCGUCUCCUCCCAUCUUAG